GAGUGGGUGGUGCGCACGCGCGCCGGGCAGGGAGGAAGGGGCUGGGCGGAGCCUGGCGGGGCAGGACGUCUGCGCGCGGAGCAGUUUGGCGGGUUUUUUUUUUUUUUUUUGCUUUCUCGCUGUGUUUCGGUAACCGGCGCCGGGCGACAGGAUGGGCCCCGGGGGCGCCGGCUCCGUGUCGGCCGAGCGCUUGGCCUCCGAGCUGCAGAUGUUCGGCCUGGACUGCGAGGAGGCGGCUUACGAGAAGCUGGCCGAGCUGUGUCCUCUGUACAGGCAGACGGAGGACCAGAUGGUGGCCGAGCUCGUGGCCUUCAGCACCAACACCGGCAAAGUCCAUCUCACCUUGGAGAACCUCAGCUCCUUCGAAAAUGAGUUUCUAAUCAAAAGGAUAGCCAAAUCCCGGCACAGUGCCUCCAAGAAGGACAGCAGCCACCCGGGAACCUGGGACAUUGUCUCCAUUCAAGAGCUGAUUGAAGUUGAGACCAAAGAAGAGACCCUGCUGAACUCUUACACCACGCCCUCCAAGGGUUCUCAGAAGCGCAGUGUCAGCACCCCUGAGACGCCGCAGUCCAAACGGAACGUGUCGGCCACCCGCAGUCCUCAUCUGCUCUUCUCCCCAUUGAGCUUCUCGCCAAGUGCCACGCCCUCUCAGAAGUACAGGUCCAGGAGCAGCCGGGGAGAGGUCGUGACCUCCUUUGGCUCCACACAGGGGAUGUCUUGGUCAGGCAAAGGAGGUAGCGGCAACCUCAGUGUGAAGGUCUUGGACCCUGCCGGAGCCCUCACUGGGAUCUACAAAUCCAUGUUCCAGAAGCUCGCUGACAUCCGAGAAGUUCUGACCUACAGGAUUGAAGAGCUUGGCUCGGAGCUUAAGGAGCUUCACAAGAUCGAGGCGUUUAGUCCUGUCUCGGUGCCUGCACAGGAACCGAUCACUUUACUGGGACAGAUUGGUUGUGACAGCAAUGGGAAGUUGAACCCAAAAUCCGUGAUUCUGGAAGGAGACCGGGAGCAUUCCCUAGGGGUACAGAUCCCAGUGGAUCUCUCUGAGCUCAAGGAAUAUUCUCUAUUCCCUGGCCAGGUUGUCGUUAUGGAGGGAACCAACACCACGGGGAAGAGAUUCAUUGCGACCAAACUCUAUGAGGGAGUGCCUCUUCCUUUCUAUCAGCCCACAGAAGAAGACGGAGAUUCAGACCAGCGGAUGAUCCUGGUGGCCUGUGGGCCUUACACGACGUCCGACAGCAUCACUUACGAUCCCAUGAUCGACCUGCUUGGUGUCAUCGGCAGAGACCAGCCAGACGUCUGCAUUCUGUUGGGACCUUUCCUCGAUGCUAAGCAUGAACAGGUCGAGAACUGUCAGCUCACCACCACGUUUGAAGACGUGUUCAGGCACUGUUUGUGGACAAUUAUCGAAGGGACCAGAAGUUCGGGCACCCACCUUGUCUUCGUCCCAUCCCUGCGAGAUGCACACCACCAGCCCGUGUACCCCCAGCCCCCCUUCAGCUGCCCAGAGCUCCCCAAAGAGGACAAAAAGCGAGUACACUUUGUGUCUGACCCCUGCAGCCUCUCCAUAAAUGGAGUGGUUCUGGGCUUGACUUCGACAGACCUGCUGCUUCACAUGGGAGCGGAGGAAAUCAGUAGCUCAUCCGGCACCUCAGACAGAUUCAGCCGAAUCCUCAAGCACGUCCUGACCCAGAGAAGCUACUAUCCCCUGUACCCUCCCUUCGAGGAGAUGAGCCUCGACUUUGAGCAUUUCUACUCCUACGCUCAGCUCCCAGUCACUCCGGACGUCUUCAUCGUUCCCUCUGACCUGAGAUACUUUGUGAAGGACAUCUUAGGUUGUGUCUGCAUGAACCCUGGACGUCUCACCAAGGGGCAGGUGGGGGGCACCUUUGGGCGCCUGUACAUCAGCAGGCAGGCCGCCAACACCAAUGGGAGGAAGAGCCCAUGCAUGGCAGCCCAGGUGGUCAAGAUCUGAUGCCUGCCUCUCCCCUCCCUCCUCCAGUCUGGCCCCAAGAACACUAGCCACUGGAAGGUGCUGGAGGCCGAUGGUGGCUCUGGCAGGCAAGACAUCAGCGGUACCUUUGGCCCAAAUUGGGCCUCUCCCUAGGGGACAAAGCAUGCCCCACACACAGACACUUCUACUAGGUACACGUUGUCCACACCCAGCCCUGAGUGGGGACGUAGUCACUAUAUUUGGGGAAAGAAAGGCAGAGUAUUUUCUACAUGGAACGAAAACAAGACAUUUGUAAAAAUUAAAUUUCUUUACAAUCCAGCUGGGGAUGUGAUCAUUUUGUAUCUUGGCCUGUACCUUUUCCUCUGAAGAGCAGAUGA